AUGUCUGCCUUUAAAACAUGCUUCUACUAUUAUAUCCUUUAAAUAUUUCUUUCCCAAUUCAACGAAAUAACAUGUCUCUGUAUAAUAGGUCACCGUCUACAAAUUAAAUGCGAUUAAUCAAAUUAUGCCUAGACUAGGUAGAAAAAACACUUAUUUCACGUAAUUGUUAGUCACGUUUUCAUGUGCAUAUAUGUUCAUCUUGUCAGUCUCCAUCAGAUACAAUACUAUGUUUUUAUCUCUAAGCUGUUCAUUCCAAGUGGUCAUUUAUAUUAUGCAGUGGCUGGGAUCAAUUAUUUAAUUAGGUCACUUUUGCUAAUUCAGAAAAGUUUGAUCAGUUAAGAAUGAUAUGAUGUUGGGUUCAGGGAGCGGGAGAAGACAUUAUAGAGGAGUGAGACAGAGACCGUGGGGAAAAUGGGCAGCAGAAAUACGAAACCCAAAGAAGGCAGCUCGAGUAUGGCUAGGGACAUUCGAUAGAGCAGAGGAUGCAGCCCUUGCAUACGAUGAAGCUGCUGUUCGAUUCAAAGGCUCCAAAGCGAAGCUCAACUUUCCUGAAAGACUUGUUCAAGGCCAGCCUCAAUUGCUUUCUCAAGAUACUUCACCUCAGCAUAAUUCCCAUCACUUUGAAGAAUUUAAUACUGCUUCUGCCACUGGUAUUUCAUAUCCACACCUUCUCCAGUAUGCCCAGCUACUUUCCAGCAAUGAUGCUGAAUUCCCUUUCUUCACUUCAGCUCUCUAUAAUAAUAAACAAGAUGGUAGCACCUCAAAUAUUCUUCAGCAACAUGACUUUCCGUCCCAGCAUGAUGAUUUUUCUAGUUAAUUAGUUAUCCAGAUAUUCAAAAGCAUGACCACAACCAAAGGCGACCCCAAGAUUUCAAGACGAAGAGUGCAUUCUUACUUUUUAAGAUAAGAUAUAAACUUUUAUUGUAAUAUUAACUCAGUGAGCAAAAGAUAAUUAACUAUGUUAUCAAAAAAGAUAUUUUUAAUUUA